ACUGCUCGUUCAGAUGACGGGAGUGGGUAGUAUAGAGCAGCACUGCACCGCCGCCGCCGUCGUCCGCUGCGCUCCUCUUCUCGCUAUAUUGUUUGUACAUAGAAGACAGCUGCAGUCUCUCAGCUCUCUGCGCCUCCUGCUGUCCUCUCGCUUCGGAGAGGCGGCGGUGCUGAGAGAAUAAAAUAAAGAAAAUAAAGAACAACCCGUGCGAGAGCGACGACUCUGCUCGUGACCCGGAGAUGCUGCUGUUCCACAGAAGGUGCGGCGAUCGCGUGAGCCUCGUCAAUGGCCAGUGCACCGCCGUCCGGGAUGUCACCGAGUUCAACUUCGGCUUGGUCUUCAGUGCCGAGCCGCUUAGGAACGACGAGGUGUUCCAGGUUCGGAUUGACAAGAAGAUAAUGAUAUGGAGCGGCAGUAUAGAAAUCGGAGUGACGGCUUGUGAUCCUGACAACACCAAUUUACCAGCAUCGGCUACUAGCUUACGCCAUGGUUCCUGGAUUAUGACAGGAUCCAGUAUUGUAUACGAUGGUGAACCCAUUUUAGAGUUAUACGGUACUGAUUUAAGUACGUUAGAUGAAGGAAAUACUCUUGGAGUAUGUCGGACAUCAAAGGGAGAACUAGUUUUUUAUGUCAAUGGAUCGCCACAAGGUAUAGCAGCAACAAAUAUACCAUCUCGAGUAUAUGCAGUGAUAAAUAUGUAUGGGAACUGCAUUCAAGUUACAACAGUACAACCACCCUCUGGGUCAGUCUCAAAUUGUAGCAAUGGUGAAGCGACAAGCCAUCAGAUAGAAAUCAAUAAUGAUUACACUAUGGAUGAGGCUUCCAGUUCUUCGACCACAAACUUAGUGGCCAACCUUAAUGUCAAUCUAAAUGUUUUACCAAAAAACCCAAGCCUUGCAGCCAUAAGAGAGGAUAGAUUAAGGUUUCACGAAAGAGUGGGCUCUCUGGUUAAAUUGUCAAAUAAUGCUCGCACAGCAGAAAGACGAAGGCCACUGGAUGAAUUUAAUAAUGGAGUGGUUAUGACGCACAGGUCUCUACGGGAUAAUGAAUUGUUUGAAAUUCGGAUAGAUAGACUAGUUGACAAAUGGUCUGGUAGUAUAGAAGUUGGUGUAACUACACACAGUCCAACUGCGUUGGAGUUUCCAGCAACAAUGACGAAUAUGCGUUCCGGCACAACCAUGAUGUCUGGUUGUGGUAUUUUGACAAAUGGUAAAGGCACGCAGCGCGAGUACGGUGAAUUUAAUUUGGAUGAACUUCGAGAAGGUGACAGGGUAGGCAUGAUGCGAAAAAGCAACAGCAAUCUUCAUUACUUUAUAAACGGCCUCGAUCAAGGUGUGGCUGCCAAAGUUCCUAAUACGAUUUGGGGCGUCAUAGAUUUAUACGGGAUGACAGUUAAAGUCACGAUCGUUGAUCGCGAUGAAAGAGAGGAACAGAAUUUAGUUACCAGGAGAAAUACUUUACAAUUACAGGGAAUCAAUGGUCAGUAUAUAUUUUUUUUUAUUUUAAAGAAAAACGUUUAUAUUCAGUUCUAUAAAGAUUUUAUUAUUACAGAAGGAGGAGAAACGGAAGAACCUUUAGAUAGAUUAAUGUUCCAUCCAUGCUGCGGCACUCGAGCGGAUGUAAUUAAUAACGGACGCACAGCCCACAGACCUAAUGCUAUAGACGAUUUUAAUAACGGUGUUGUACUGACGUCGAGGCCUCUGAGACCUAAUGAGUUGUUUGAAGUGAGACUGGACAAGAUAGUCACCAAGUGGGCAGGUUCCAUUGAAAUCGGAGUCACCACACACUCACCUACAGAGCUUGAGUUUCCCUUUACCAUGACGAAUGUCAGAUCGGGCACGUGGAUGAUGACGGGCAACGGUGUUAUGCACAAUGGUACUACUAUGAUCGAUCAGUAUGGUCAGAACUUGGACAGGCUACAAGUAGGCGAUCGAGUAGGCGUCAUGCGAAAGGAUAACUCAACACUGCACUUCUACGUUAAUGGCUCGGAUCAAGGAGCUGCUGCUAGUGGUGUACCUGAAAGAGUUUAUGGAGUUAUCGAUUUGUACGGACAGGCGGCCCAGGCUACUAUUGUGGACAACUCAGACUUCUGCAGUCCGACGACCAUCAAUUCUAGUCUUAGCAAUACUACUCUUUACUGCGAUCUGCGUUUUCACCAUGUGCAUGGCAAAAACGCACGGAUCACGAACAACGGCCUGACAGCAUCACGACCGCGAGCUCUCGGUGAGUUUAACGAUGCAAUUGUGGUGGCCAAUCGAGCUUUACGAGACGGUGAGAUGUUUGAGGUAUCCAUUGAUAAGAUGGUUGAUCGCUGGUCAGGUGCUAUUGAAGCCGGUGUUACUGCCAUAAGACCUGAUGAGUUAGAGUUUCCUUCGACGAUGACGGACAUAGAUCAUGACACUUGGAUGUUGUCGGGCUCUACGGUGAUGCGUGAUGGCGUAGCUCUUAGAAACAAUUACUCCUGUGACCUGGACAAACUUGCCGAGGGUAAUCGAAUCGGUAUGAUGAGGUGCGCAGAUGCUAGUCUGCAUUACUACCUUGAUGGAGUUGAUCAAGGAGCAGCUUGUACAGGACUGCCGGCUCAUGUGUAUCCAGUGAUAGAUCUCUAUGGACAAUGCGCUCAAGUAACCAUAGUCAUACCAGAGCGUCGUGAUAUGACACUUCAGCAGUACCUGCCAUCAGAAAACAGCACAACGAGUCAACAGCCGACCUCGGUCGUUCAGGCUCUUGCCCAGACAGAAAUAACACACAAAUUCCAUGAGUCGGUGGGUCUUAAUAUCCAACUGGACACUGGUCGCACGGUGGCGACACGCUGUCGAGAGUACAGUAAUGCAGUCCUGCUUAGCGAAACAGCUUUAGAAAAUAAUGAGAUAUUUGAGAUCAGCAUUCAGGAGGUGGCGAGGGAAUGGAGUGGAUCUUUGAGGAUAGGAUUGAUCAGUAAUGAAAGUGGCAGUUGGUUAUCUUCUAUGAAUCUCGUACAGGGAAUGACUUCUAUUCCUGCAGAUGCCUGGUACCUCACGGGUAAUCAAGUGCGGCACAAAGGUCAAUGUUUAUGCUGGAAUUACUGCCCAAGCUUGGACUGGCUGCGGGUGGGCGACAAGAUUGGCCUAAAGCGCACUAAUGAGGGCAACCUCAAGUUUUACGUGAAUCGCGAAGACAUGGGUGUCGCGGCUUCCAAUGUACCUGAGAUGUGUUAUGCAGCUGUCGAACUUUUCGGCAGCACAGUGGCGGUUUGCAUCACGAGCACAAAACAGCAAAACACGGCUAUUUCACCAAACGCUAGCCUAAGAUUGCAGGAUUCAUUAGAGCUAUUGCUAGAUCCUAUGCCACCUGGUAUCAGAAAUGAAGUCGGCAUGGAUACGUCGAUAGAUACUUGCGGUGAAGGUAAACAGGUCAAUGAGAUAGUCACAACACCAACCCAAUUGACGGUAGCGUCGAUUGGGGAAACCGACUGGUCCUACGAGUUUCACGAGAAUCACGGUAGAAACGUACAAUUAGAGAAAAAGACUGUGGCUAGAAGGGUAGCAAGUUACAAUCAAGGAGUCGUAAUGUCCAAUAAGCCUCUUAUAAAAAAUAAGCUCUUCCAAGUUAAAAUCGAUAAAAUUAACGAGCGAUGGGUAUCAGGAAUGUUGUGUGGAGUAUCGUGCGUUUCGCCUGAAAAAGUAACUUUCCCGGUGACGGCUCUUGGCUUGAAAAAACAUUCCUGGAUUAUUUGCGGCGACUGGAUAUCACACAACGGAACUAAGGUGCGAUCUUCUUAUGGUGCAAAUCUAGAGUCUCUACGUGUUGGUUCAACAGUUGGUCUCUUGCUCGACGAGGAUUCCCGAUUACACCUUUAUAUCGACGGUUUGGAUCAAGGAGUCGCCGCUUCGGAUCUACCGUCAUAUGUCUACGCGGUGAUCGACCUAUAUGGCCAGUGCGAGCAGGUCUCUAUAAUUGGUCCGUCCGCUGAGGCGAUGAUUUUGCCUCUGCUCAACGAAAACGAGAUGUUGAACAACGACACGAACAAUGCUACCGCUUCGGCCAUGGAAAGGUUGGCUCUAGAAACAGAUGACGUCGAGAAUUCAAGAGAAAAGGCUGAUCUAGAGUGUCAUGAGAAAGAAAGUGGAGCUGCGAUGCUCGUUGAUGAGAUGAAGGAUGGUUCAGUUGAGAUGAGUGUUCAGGAUGAAGGCGGAUGUAGCCGUACUGACGAUCAGGUUGACGAGAUGGAAAGCUUGACUGACGCAACGGCUAAGGAUAAUGAUCUAGCGAGCCGGAACUCGCAAUCUAGUAACAAAGAAUUAAAACAAGUGCCAGCUUCAUCGACGAUGUCAAGUAGUCUGCAAUCGGAUGCAAACUGCUCGGAACAUUGUUCGGACGCCGUAUCCACUUCGGAAACAACUAGCAACAUUCCUGACAACAACACGUACGCUGAUAAAGAUGUAAUUCCUCCACCCCUCCAUUACAACAACGUUACGGCUGUAGUCCCUACUGGUUCAAUGGAAGACAACUGCGAGGGUAAUAGCAGCGAUAUCGAAUCUAUCGCUGAUAACAACGAUUCUUGCACAAAUGUUGAACUAAAUAAUGCAACCAACAUUAACAUCAAGAAUGGCUCAGUUAUAAAUUCUACCAACAUGACUAAUUUGAAUACUGCGAUUAGUGGAAGCAACGCUAACAAUGCCAUCAAUGAAAGCAUUGCAUCAAACAGCUCGCAGAAUAAUAAUAAUGCAACAACGACGCCGAGCUUAAAUAUCAGGACCUGGCACUCAAAUCAUUGUGCGCCUAGUGCACCGCAAGAGCUUGUGCUGAAUCUUCAUCGGCAUUCUUUGCAAGGAUUUCAAAUCAGCAACAACUGUUUUUCAAACAACAUUCUGACUACGGCUGCUCAGCAGACAAUCUCUACGCAUGCCUCGAUGCCGUCCACGCCACUGGCGACGAGCAAUCAUAUAACGCCGCCGCCAUCCAAGAAGUGCGAAUACUUGAAGGCCUGCGUCCGGCUGAAAAAGUCUCUUGUGCUACCCGACGAGUUCUUCUCGCUCGAUGAAAUUCUCUGCUACUGUAGUUCUUGUUUCAAAAUAGAUGGGGAUUCGGUUAUUUGUAAAAAAGGCGAACCACUUGCUGAAUUUGCUAUCCCUGUCGGUUGGGUAAGAUUCCCUCUUAAGCACAACAUCAACGCUAACCAAAUACCACAAAGCACGACGGACAAGUGGCACGUAGCUUUCUACGGAACGAGAAUUGGCACUGUCAGAUGGAUUCUUGAUAGAGGCGAAUUGUUGACAAAAGAACAGCUGGACACUGACUCGUUAACAACCGGUACUAGUACCGAAGAUCAAAAUCCUCAAGUUGUAUUUUCUCCAAAUAUUAAGUGCGCUAGUUCUGAGGAAUUUACAAAGCAAUACUCAUACAUCGAUACCCAAUUAAACAAGAAAGUCAACGCAUCGACGGCCUUCCAAUUGCUGGUGAGGCCCGGCUCGUAUACGACUUCCAGCAAGAAGGACGGACUGGACUCGCAGCUGGAGUGCAUCGAGUGGGCUACCAAAGAAACGGGCGCUACCGUUAUCAUAGCCCUGUUGAUUCAUCUUGAUGGCUUUUAAAGCGUUGUUUGGGCUUUAAAUCGUAGCAUAGUUCGCGUUAACGUAGAGAUUAAACAAGUUCGCGCAUGUAUAGUAACGUAGUCACGACUCCCUCACCUCUGUUUUCUAGACGAGAAAUUACAUGCGUGUAAAAGAUUUAUACGUUCGCUUGAAAGUAAGAGAUUUCUUUUAUUCCUUGUGAAAAAGAGCACGUACUUUUUAUUCAAAGAAUAAGUUUAGUGAGCUUUUAAUGUAUCACGGAGAUUUUAGAAGAACAUGAAAAAUUAUCUUAUUGAGCACGGAGUUUUGAUCGCGUCAUACUUGCGCCUAUUGAAAAUACUCGUGACUUGAAGACUACUUGUCGCAAGUAUUUUCGACGAUGCAGCGAGUACUUAAACGUAUCUUUUUAAACUCUACAACCAAUAAGUAUUAUUAUUAUUAUUGUUUACCUGCCCUUGUACCUAAGUCAUUCGAAUUUACCCGUUCGUUUACUUCGUUUCGUCUAUUUUAACUUUGAAUUUAUCGGAAUUGCGCUUAUAAAUAAAUAUAUUUAAACCAAUAUACAUUUUCUGUGAUACACCGUAAUUGCACUCGAAUAAGAGUUGCAUCGAUUAUUACGCAAUGUAAGAAACAGCGCAUUUGAUUUAAUUUUACUAUAUUUAUAAACACACGAAUUCAAUUGAUAGUUUAUAAAUAUACGGCAAAUCAUUGAGCGUUCAAAGAAAUAUAAUUGUUGAGCUUGUUCAAAGAAAAGAUUACAAAUUCGAAAAGAUGAAAUACCACGAACAAACACAGAGAUAAAUAUUUCUCUAUUUAUUUUUCCAAAGAGAAGUGUUUUUCUUGCGACGUACAACUAUUCUCGAGAGGAAAAAUGAUACAACAAAAUGAAAGAACGAUCUUCAUCGUUUUUGUUAUAUAAAUGUAUAUGUAUACGGCGUGUGAAAGACGGAGAGAGAGAGAGAGAGAGAGAGAGAGAGAGAGAGAGAGAGAGAGAGAGAGAGAGAGAGAGAGAGAGAGAGCGAGAGACAGAAGAACGCUGAAAGUUUAGCGAUACACGAAUUAUAUUGUAAAUCAUUGAAUGAAUGCGUACCCGCGUACACGGCAGUGUACGUCACGAAAGUAGAUUAAUUUUUACGAAAAUUAUGCGAUACUUGAACUAUUUGUUGUUAAAUCGCAUUGUGAAUGCAUAAAAUGUUCAGCAGCAGCUACAGCGGCACACCGAAGUUACUCCUGCGACAUUAUGGUCCGACAUCUUAUACCAAGAAUAACAAUAAACGCAAUAUUUUGAGUUAGCAAAAAGAUAAAAA